UCGUCAUACAUGUCUUUCUUCUCAGACACCACCACCUCCCCCCCACCCCUCCAAAAAAAACAAACAGUCUCUCUGUAUUUUAUGCCUUUUGACUCUUCACUCUUGACCUCCAGAACCACAAAGUGAGAGAGCCAAAUGGCUGUUCUUCAAGACCGGAAACAGAGAUCCUCUGACCUACCACCACCCAAGAGUAAUAAGGGACGACCACCAAAGAACAGGGAAAAUCUGGUUAGGAAGAAAUCUUCAUCUCUCACUCAGUCCAAAAGCAUUGUAGUCAGUGCUAAUCCAAUGAUGCCUGAAAGUCAUAAACGAAAAAGAGCCACAGUGGAAAGCUUAUAUGAUACUUCCCAAGCUCAGUCUUCUGUUCUGGAAAGAGCACAGGAGGUUGAAGUAAGCCUAGAUCCUAAGUUUCCUAGCCUACUCAAAGUUAUGCUCCCAUCACAUGUUACUGGAGGAUUCUGGCUGGGUCUUCCUAAGAAAUUCUGCUGUGAGCAUUUGCCAAAACAGGAUAUAAUGAUUGCUCUGGAAGAUGAAAAUGGGGAAGAAUUCGAAACGAAAUAUCUGGCGGAUAAGGUGGGACUGAGUGGUGGAUGGAGAGGGUUUUCAAUUUCUCACAAACUACUGGAAGGAGAUGUUAUAGUUUUCCAUCUAGUCAAUCCUUCCAAAUUUAAGGUGUAUAUUGUGAGAUCAAAUGGAUUAGAUGAACUUGAUGGCGCUCUUGGCCUUAUGAGAUUAGAUGCUUGCAAAAAAAUGGACACUGGAGACACUUUUGCAUGUGAGAGGGAAGAAAGUGAGACUUUGGAACCCAAUUCAGAGGACAAUGCAAUAGCCUUUAUUACAAAAUCUUGUCCAAUAUCAGAUCAGUCUGAAAGUGAAAGUGGAGAUGUUGGUUUUGAAGUUCUGGAUGGACUUAGACUUUCAGAAUCUGCUGUCACAUUCGAAGAAGUGAAAUGCAUGGAUGACUUCAACAUUCUGGUCAAUGGUUUAAUCAUAAAUUCUGAGUUUUCGAAAUACAUUUUGAACAAGUAUUAUGAGCUUUGUUGCAGUCAAAACUCUUUCCUUCAUGAACAUCUUCUUGAGGGUCUGAACUGCAAACUCGUAGCUGGAGUAAUUUCUGAGACCGUAAACAUUGCAGAUGCCAUCAGGGCGUGCGAUAUUACAACCCCAGAAGGUAAUUUUUCCACUUGGGAUCAGACUUUGAAAGCCUUUCAGGGUUUAGGCAUGAACAUCGGAUUCCUUCUAGCCCGGCUAGACCAGCUUGUAAGUCUUGCUUCAAAAUCAAAAAGGUUUAAAGAGGCUAGACUUGAAAAGGACCAGGCAGAAGAAGAGAUGAGGAGCUUGGAGGCAAAGCUUUUGGAAGUAAAAGAGGCUGUAAAUAGGCUUGAAUCUGAGAUUGAGACUCUAAAUACGAGUUCAGAGAACCUUGGGGUUAUGUUUCAAGAUGUGGCUAAAGCCUCUUGGUGAUGAAAAACUUAAACACCGGCUGCUUGGUUCUUUUUUUGGUAUAACUCAAGCUUUAUAGUUCCGAAGCAGAAAUGUGCCGAAGCUACACUGUGAAGAAACAUUUUGUGUCAUGAUCUUUGGGCUCUUUUUGUGGGGUUACAAGGACAUCAAUAUUUUGUAUAGGAGAUGAUGUACAUGAGCUCUAUUAGUAUAGAAUGCUGAUCAUCGGAUGUCUCAGUACCUACCAAGUAGGGAGGAAAAUUGUAGCUUCUGGUUCUCUCUUUUGUAGUUUCCAGCUAACAUUGGAGGAUAUGAUUUGAUAUAGGAAGAACCAAUUGCCAAAUCUCCUUCUCUGCUACACAAAAACACACACAAGAGGUUUAUGUCAAGAUCAAAUAAUGCUGUC